AUGUCCAAGCUGACCAAGCUAUCGGAAAUUGUAGUGGCUGCAUGCCUAACUUUUAAAAAAUCUGCUGCUGCCGUUCCUGGACUUCCGAAUCUGAGAAUUGAUGUGACAAGCGAUGACUGGGAUUGGGACAAGGAUGAAGAGGACGAGGAUGAAGAGGAGGAGGAUGAAGAGGAGGAUGAAGAUGAAAAGGAUGAAGAGGAAGAGGAUGAAGAGGAGGAGGAGGAGGAUGAUGAUGAAGAGGGCGAGGACGAAGAGGAUGAGGUUGAAGAGGACGAGGAUGAUUUAGGAAGAUACCGCAGUUUACUGAUGUAG